CGUUUUAUUUAUUCAUUCAAAAAUUUAAAAAAUUGCCAAUUGUUAGAUGAGUGUGAAUGUAACUGACAAGUGAGAAUUUUUAAAAUUUUAGAAUAAAUAAAUAAAUUGUAAGUAGAAUAAAAAUAUAAAAAAUGCGUAUUUAGAUCAAUGAAAAAUUAGAGUAGAUUAGAUUUAGAUUUAUUUAUGCCAAAGCUUAACUAGCCAGAUGGCAAAAGAAAAAUGUUUACAUUACAUAAGUAUAUUACAUAUUAGGUCAUUAAUUUUAACGAGAUCUUUGAAACUUAAUAUAUACUUAAACAUAAUGUACAAUAGAGUAUUUGUGUGACUGCUAAUACAUAGAAAAAUCAGUACGCGCAUUUUUCAAAAUUUUAUAAUUGUAAUUUAUUUAUUUAAAAUUUAUAAAAUGUCUCAUGUCUGCUACAUUCACAAUCAUAAUUGUCACGAGUGUGAAUGUAGCGGACAUCAGACAAAUUUAAAAUUACAAACAAAUAGGGUAAAUAAUUAAAAAAAGAAUAUUUUUAAAAAAUGCACUUAAUAAAUUUAAAUUUUUUAAAUGCGCAUUUUUUAAAAAUUUUAUUUUAAUCAUUAUUAAUUUUAAAUCUGUCUGAUGUUUGCUACACUCACACUCACAUAAUUGUCAGCUACAUUCACCCUUAUAGAAAGUGAUGACCCUGAAGUAAGCAGACAGUUGACAAUUUUAGAAUUUUUAUCUCAAGAAUUUAAAAAAAAGAAAAUUAAAAAUGCGGAUAUAGAAAAUUUAAAAAACUGUAAGUGAAAUUUUUUGGAAUAUUUUUUUUUAAAUUCAUCGUUUUUAAAAAAAUGAAAAAAUUAUUAGACGUCGGCUAAUUUCAGUAUCAUAGAAAGUGAACAAGGAGAAAGUCGGGAAUAAAAUCAAUGUCUACAUACUUUCAUAUUUUAUAUUUUCUUUUUUAUUUAAUCUACUAAUUAAAAUUUAUUUAUUUUUUAAUUAACUGUAAUUAUUACGAAAAAAAUCAUAAUAACAAUAAUGUAGUCAAUGGAAAAAUCAAAUUUUUUUCUACAUAAUACGUAAUUUUAUGCGCAAGUAGAAUAUUUUAUAAUUUGUCAGACAGUAAACAAAAUAAUGAGAAAAUUAAAUUUUAAAAAAUUAACGAUAGCACGUUGGACGAUAUUUGUACCACUUAUUAUUUAUAUGAGUUUGUUGUAUAUUAAAUAUAACAGAAAUAUGAAAUUAAAAAGUCCGGAUGAAAUGGAUGAGGAUGCUGGAAUACAGAACUUAUUUUCUGAGCUUGAAUCCGUGUCAUUACAAAGUUUUAAAGAUAGUAAUGUAAAUAUUGACAAAUCUAUUAUUAAAAGCUUUAAUUUUAAUAACAAUGAAAAUAACGUUGAACGUGAGAUUCAUGAUAAUCCAAGAUUAUUGUUGGAGAAUAUAUUCAGUAAAGCAGAUGCUGAUGAAAACCGAGAAUUAGAUAUUCAGGAAGUUGCCAAGUGGAUUCACAGUAAAAUAAUCCAACAUAUUGAUCGGGCGAUGCGUGAUAAUGUGGGUUUAUUUAGUAUUAUUGACAUCAAUCCACGUAAUGAUUUAUAUAUUAAAUCACAUAAUAAAAAACAUUCCGAGUUAACGAGAACACUCAAAGAAAGUAUUAUGAGAGAUCGAGCACGUUGGAUUGAAGCUGCACGAACUGAUCCAGAUAAAUUAACGCUAGAUGAGUUUCUCGCUUUCACUCAUCCCGAAAGUAGUCAUCGUGCGCUUCUACAAAUGGUUGAUGAUUUAUUUGAAAAAUUCGAUCGUGAUGGAGAUGAAGAGUUAACAGAAAAUGAAUUUGCUGAUCUACCUGUUGAUGGAAUGGGUCUUGAUUUACGUGAAGAUACACCAGAACCUAUAGGUGGUAGUGAAGGACGUAGACAAGAAUUUCAGUAUCUUAUUGAUAAAAAUAAAGAUGGUAAAGCUGAUCGUAGUGAGUUAUUGAUGUAUAUUGACCCAAAAAAUCCAAGACACGCGAUACAAGAAGCACAACAUUUGAUGGAUCUUGCUGAUAUUGAUCACAAUAAAAAAUUAAGUUUAUCAGAAGUAUUAAGCAAAACGGAUUUAUUUUUAGGAAGCAAAAUGGUCGAUACGGAAAGAAGUUUCCAUGAUGAGUUUCGAUAAACAUUGAUUGAUAAUUAAUCAAAAUAUUAAAUUUUUAUAGAUUUGAAUAACGUAUUUUCAAAAUAAUCAUCAGCUGCAGUAUUAAUUAAUAAAAAAUAAAAUUUAAUUUAAUUCAAAAUAGAACUAAUAAAUUUUAAUGGUUUUAGAAAACGUCUGUGAUAGUCAAUACUACAUUGUAAUUAAAAAGCAAUUUCAUCAGUAUUUUUUUAACUAACGCACAUUCAUCAAAAAUAAUUGUAUCACUUAUUAAUAAUUAAUAUCACAAUAUUGUACCUUGAAUACCUAAAAAUUAAAAUUUUAAUAUUUAUUGUACUAGUGGGUAAUUGAAAUGAUCGAAUUUAUAAUCAGACACUUUUAUAUUUAAUCACAAAUUUUUAUAUACAAUAUUAAUAUAUAUAAUAGACUUUUUUUUAUUAAUAUAUACAUAGCUUUUUUUAGUUAACUUAUUAAUCAAUCAGUGACAAUAAAUUGUAUUAAAUAUCCGACUUUAGGCAACAUUAAAUACAAAAUAUUUAUUUUAUAUC